AUGCCUACCUUCACUGCUCUCACUAUCUACUUUCUCUACCUCUUGUCCUGGCUCGUAUCUGCCGGUCACUGUUGCAGCUUCCACAAUGACCGUGGCCAUGCGAAUAUCGACCACCAAUCCAUCACCAGGGCAAACACGGCCGCACGAUCCGCUGGAACCCGCUGCUCGACUGCUCGAACCGGUCGUAGAUUCGCGCUGAAGAACGUCCGUAUCUUUGACGGAACUUCACUCCAUCCCCAUAACAGCACGGUGAUCGUGGACGCAGCAGCAGCCACCUCUCCCAACACCAUCACCACCUACGACGGACAGGGGAUGACUCUCCUCCCAGGCCUGAUCGACUCGCACGCCCACCUGCUGAGCACAAUCCACCUCGCCGAACUGACGCGCUUCGGCGUCACAACAGCGGUCAACGCCUUCUGCCCAGACCCGGCGCUGUGCGCCUCGCUGCGCAACCACACGGGGCUGACCGCCGUCGUGACAGCAUCUUUCAUGGCAACAUCCCCCAAUAGUACGCACGCAAAGCUCGUCGGGCCAGAGAACGCCGGCUUGCUGAUCCGCGACAUCAGCCAGGCGGCGGCGUUCGUCCGCAGCCAGGUCGCGCAGCCUUGGAGGGCCGACUUCAUCAAGGUUAUUGGCAGCGCGCCCGGGCCCGGGUUGACGCAAGCUGCGCAGGCGGCGCUGGUAAAAGCGGCGCACGCGGCCGGCCGCCGUGUCGUACUGCACGCGGCGUACGCUGAGGGGUUGGCGGCGGGCGUCGAGCAGAUCCACCACGCCCCGCUGGACGUGCCGGCUAAUGACCGGCUGGUGGACAUGUUCAGAGGCAAACGGAAGAAAACUGGAAGGGCGGUAGCCGUGUGUCCCACGCUGACUAUGAUGCGCGCAACCGUACUAGAGAUGCAGCGAGGUAGAACGAUGAGUAACUCUUCCUUGUCGUUUGCAGCGGCCAAUGAGACGGUCGCCCGGCUUCACGCGGCCGGUGUGUCCAUCCUCGCGGGCACGGAUGCCAAUCUCCAGCCGGCCGUGCCGGCGCGGGUGCCGUUCGGCAGCAGUAUACACGACGAGCUCGAACAUCUGGUGGCGGCCGGCCUGUCGCCGGUCGAGGCGCUCAACGCGGCAACAGUGGUUCCUGCUAGGUCCUUUGGCCUGCACGAUCGAGGUGUCAUUCGAGAGGGGAUGCUGGCAGACUUGGUGCUUGUCGACGGGGAUCCGACUGUUAACAUCACCGCGUCGCGGAACAUUGUCAGGGUCUGGGUGCGCGGAGUGGAAUGGAAGAGCUGA